AUGUCUCCUCUCGCUCACAAAGCUGUCCGCUCAAAGCUCUACGGACGGAACUGGCCUCCGCGACGCUUCCAGAACCUGCGCCUCAUCCCCUUUCCCCCUGAUACGACGCCUCCUCUCCCCCUUCUGGGCAGCGACGCCGUGGGGAGCCGCCGCCGCGCGCUCCGCUCCUCCCUGCACCUCAUCCCCUUCCCCUGCUCCCCCUCACACGACGUGCGGCGGUGCGAGGGCCGGCCCUGGCACCAGCGCCCCCGGUGCUUGGAGCAGUGCAGGGAGGAGGAGCGGGAGAAGCGGCAAGAGCGGAGCAGGCACGAGGCCGACGACCGCAGCGGCGAGGGCUCGUCGGAGGAUGAGCGCGAGCGCGAGCAGGAGAAGGAGGAGAAGCAGAAGGACCGGCAGUCGUACGUGUUCGACCGGUGCAGCUUCCGUCGCGUGGUCCGGAGCGAGCAGGGGUCCCUGAGGGUGCUCCAGCCGUUCGACGAGGUGUCCAGGCUCCUCCGCGGCAUCCAGGACUAUCGCGUGGUGGUCCUGGAGGCGAACCCGCGCUCGUUCGUGGUGCCCAGCCACACCGACGCGCACUGCAUCUGCUACAUGGCGGAAGGUCUACAUGCUGCUAAGUUUUUUUUUUUGUUUUUCAACCAGGCUUACUUCAACCGCUUAUUUCUUUAA